UUCCACACCUUCUGAAAGCAAAAGUCCACCUGCUGGCUUGUUGACGGUAGCCCUCCAUGGGAUUAUAUAUGCCACCCCAUUAGCUGUUUACAGACUCAAUCCCCACGUUGUGGGUGAACAAGUUGUCUCUAUUGUGUGUGUGUUUACUGUCUAUGUUCCUCCUACCACUCAUUAGCGUGUUUACGACUCUGUCCCGCUUUGACAGCGGAACCACGGAGUGGAAGACGAGGAGGAGGAUGAGGAAGAUGAAGAGAGUCUGGGGCAGGAGACACUGCUCACGGCGCGACAGAGCCACGCGCCCGAGUUCUCUGCCGGUCGGCUCCCUCAGUACACAGAAGACACCCUCAUUAUACAUG